AUUUCAGCUCUUGUUCAGUAAUCUGAAAUUUUGUCACAUGUGAAGUAUGGCCUGUAUUAAUUAUGAAGUGAGGGAUUAGGAUAAUUAAUAAAUUCCAUGAAAAAAAUCUCUCCUUUUUUUGUGGUGGUUCAAAAUCCACAAAAAAGAAAAAAAAGAAUCAAUUUUUGGAUUUACCCAUUUGUUUGGGGAAAAUGAUUAAGCCCCCAAGUAGAUAAGUGCUACUACUCAUAACUGCAAUAACCGCUUUUCGCCUGCCUUUCUUAAUACUCAUACGAACACCUAUCACCUAUAUAUAGUCACCCCACCUCCACAGAACAAAGCCCUCUCUCUCUCUCUCUCUCUCUCUCUCUCUCUCUCAAGUAGCAUAUUCAAGAAGGCAUCUAGAAAAAUGUCACACAACAGAAGAAGAAUUGGUACAGGCAGAGAAGGGAACGAGUCCUUAGAAGGACAUGCAUCGUCUUCAUCUCAAAUGGCUGAUACUGGUACACAAAUACCUGAAGAAGAAUCGGAAUUGGGAUCUGCUAUCAGUAAAAGGCCUGUGGUUUCUGGCGCCCUUACCAAAGUUGGUGAAAAGAUGGGAAGUUUUCUGUUUGAAGUGCUUGUGACUCCUGGUGAUGUUAUGCUAAACAAGCUUCUAAUUCCUGAGGAAGCAGCUUUGAAAUGUUUCCCUCCUCUAGCCGAUUGUCAGGAACCUUACAAGAAGAAGAUAAAGAUUUCCGACCCUCAAAACUUUGAUUGGCCUAUGACUGUGAGGUAUGAUCCUUUGGAGUUGUUCUUCAUCCUGGAAAACAAGUGGCAGAUAUUUGCUAUCUCGAACAAUGUGGAAACUUUGGAUAAGAUUCGCUUCUACAAACCAGUCCCGCGUUCAGACGACAACCAUUACCUUGUUGAAAUUGUCAAAAGAAGAUAUCCGAAUACCAUCCACGAAUUCAAGAUUGAAAAUUUCAUGUUUGAGCUGCCAUUGACUGAUAUGGACAUCCAGUACCAAAUGCUCAUCAUCUAUCCUCAGGAUGUACGCGAACAUUUCUCUGAAGUUGGAAUCCCUGAUGGAACACGUGACAUUGAGAGGCUGUAUUUUACUGAUGAUCUAAAUGUUCACUUUUGGGACAUAAAAAUCGGAUACUAUCGUGAUUUUUACCACCUUAUGCUGGCUGAUUUUUUCACUGAGUACAAUUUGGAAAAAGGAGAUAUGAUUAGCUUUUAUAGACCUGUACAUCCUUUACACUCGCGUCACUUCCUUAUUGCAUUUGUGAAAGGAGGAGGUAAUGGGACUCAAUCCGAGACUGCAUCAGAUGAUACCAUGGUUGGAGGCAGUGACGGACCGGGUGAUGGUGGAGAAGCAGGAACGGAUAGAGGCAGCAACAGACAGGGCGAUGGUAGAGGAAGGAGUCACAGUGGGGGCCGCAAGUGGUGGAAACUAGGCUUUGGAUGUUGCUGUUUCCCAACGAAAAGCAAUGCAAGGACAGAGUAGUCUUGAACAAGGAAGUUGCAGCAGUGGUGAUUCAUGGUCAAGGGAAUGAAUGGUAGCUUCCUUGUAUAUUCUAGUCAGUAGGAAGACAGGAAAGGUCAAGUAUUAGGUCUGCAGAAAUAUCAUCCAAUUGCUGACACAAAUGAAAUGAGAAACUCUUUGAUUUACCAUUCCUUCUA